CCCACCCGGAGGCCCCGGGAGAGACUUUGCACUGUAGGUGCAACUUGGUGACUAGUGAAUCCCCGGGGUUCGAGGCGGCUGUCCCUCCACCCUCGCGAUCCACGAUGCCCAGGGGUCCGGGACCCCGGCUGCCGCCGCCGCCGCCGCUGCUGCUGCUGCUGGCCGCGGCCCUGUGCCUGGGCACCGUGGUGCCCGCCGUCGGAGCCUCGAGGAGCAAGAGGCAGGCUCAGCAGAUCGUGCAGCCCCAGUCCCCGGUGCCCGUCAGUCAAAGCAAGCCUGGUUGUUAUGACAACGGGAAACACUAUCAGAUAAACCAACAGUGGGAACGCACCUACUUGGGCAAUGCUUUGGUUUGUACAUGUUAUGGAGGAAGCCGAGGCUUUAACUGCGAGAGUAAACCUGAAACUGAAGAGACUUGCUUUGACAAGUACACUGGGAACACUUACCGCGUGGGUGACACUUAUGAGCGCCCUAAAGACUCCAUGAUCUGGGAUUGUACCUGCAUCGGAGCUGGACGAGGGAGGAUCAGCUGCACCAUUGCAAAUCGCUGCCAUGAAGGGGGCCAGUCCUACAAGAUUGGUGACACCUGGAGGAGACCACAUGAGACCGGUGGUUACAUGUUAGAGUGUGUGUGUCUUGGUAAUGGGAAAGGAGAAUGGACCUGCAAGCCUAUAGCUGAGAAAUGUUUUGAUCAUGCUGCUGGGACUUCCUAUGUGGUUGGGGAAACGUGGGAAAAGCCCUACCAAGGCUGGAUGAUGGUGGAUUGUACUUGUCUGGGAGAAGGCAAUGGACGCAUCACUUGUACCUCUCGAAACAGAUGCAAUGAUCAGGACACACGGACUUCCUAUAGAAUUGGAGACACUUGGAGCAAGAAGGAUAAUCGAGGGAACAUGCUCCAGUGUGUCUGCACAGGCAAUGGCAGAGGGGAAUGGAAAUGUGAGAGGCAUGCAUCUCUGCAGACCACAUCAUCUGGAUCUGGCUCCUUCUCAGAUGUCCGGACAGCUAUUUAUCAGCCCCAGCCUCAGCCCCAGCCGGGUCCCUACGGCCACUGUGCAUCUGACAGCGGUGUCUUCUACUCUGUGGGGAUGCAGUGGUUGAAGACCCAAGGAAAUAAGCAAAUGCUGUGUACUUGCCUGGGCAAUGGAGUCAGCUGCCAGGAGACAGCUGUGACUCAGACUUAUGGUGGCAAUUCAAAUGGAGAGCCCUGCGUCCUCCCCUUCACCUACAACGGCCGCACCUUCUACUCCUGCACCACAGAAGGGCGGCAGGAUGGACAUCUGUGGUGUAGCACAACUUCAAAUUAUGAGCAGGAUCAGAAGUAUUCUUUCUGUACCGACCAUACUGUUUUGGUGCAGACUCGAGGUGGAAAUUCCAAUGGUGCCUUGUGCCACUUUCCUUUCCUGUACAACAACCACAAUUAUACUGAUUGUACUUCUGAGGGCAGGAGGGAUAACAUGAAAUGGUGUGGAACCACACAGAACUAUGAUGUUGACCAGAAAUUUGGAUUCUGUCCCAUGGCUGCCCACGAGGAGAUCUGUACAACCAACGAGGGAGUUAUGUAUCGCAUUGGAGAUCAGUGGGAUAAACAGCAUGACAUGGGUCACAUGAUGAGGUGCACGUGUGUUGGGAAUGGUCGUGGAGAGUGGACGUGUGUCGCCUACUCCCAGCUCCGAGAUCAGUGCAUUGUUGAUGACAUCACGUACAAUGUGAAUGAUACAUUCCACAAGCGUCAUGAAGAGGGUCACAUGUUGAACUGCACCUGCUUUGGCCAGGGCCGGGGCAGAUGGAAGUGUGAUCCCAUUGACCAGUGUCAGGAUUCAGAAACCCGGACAUUUUAUCAAAUCGGAGACUCGUGGGAGAAGUACGUGCACGGCGUCAGAUACCAGUGCUAUUGCUAUGGCCGGGGCAUUGGGGAGUGGCAUUGCCAACCUCUGCAGUCCUACCCAGGUACAAGUGGUCCUGUCCAAGUAAUUAUCACUGAAACCCCCAGCCAGCCCAACUCUCACCCUAUCCAGUGGAAUGCACCAGAACCAUCUCAUAUCACUAAGUACAUCCUCAGGUGGAGACCUAAAACGUCUACGGGCCGUUGGAAGGAAGCCACCAUCCCAGGCCACUUAAACUCGUACACUAUCAAAGGCCUGACCCCAGGUGUGAUAUACGAGGGGCAGCUCAUCAGCAUCCAGCAGUAUGGCCAGAGAGAGGUGACCCGCUUCGACUUCACCACAAGCCCGAGCACACCUGUCACCAGCAACACUGUGACAGGAGAGACAGCACCCUUUUCUCCCGUUGUGGCCACUUCUGAGUCGGUGACUGAAAUCACAGCCAGCAGCUUUGUGGUCUCAUGGGUCUCUGCUUCGGACACCGUGUCAGGAUUCCGAGUGGAGUAUGAGCUGAGUGAAAAGGGCGGUGAACCACAGUAUCUUGACCUUCCAAGCACAGCCACUUCUGUGAACAUCCCUGACCUGCUUCCUGGCCGGAAGUACAUUGUCAAUGUCUAUCAGAUAUCUGAAGAAGGAAAACAGAGUUUGAUCCUGUCAACGUCGCAGACUACAGCACCUGAUGCCCCUCCUGACCCUACCGUGGACCAGGUUGAUGAUACUUCCAUUGUUGUUCGAUGGAGCAGACCCCAGGCACCCAUCACCGGAUACAGAAUCGUCUACUCACCAUCACUAGAAGGCAGUAGCACAGAACUGAACCUUCCCGAGACUGCCAAUUCCGUGACCCUCAGUGAUCUGCAGCCUGGUGUGCAGUAUAACAUCACCAUCUAUGCUGUGGAAGAAAAUCAAGAAAGCACACCUGUUUUCAUCCAACAAGAAACUACUGGUGUCCCACGUACAGAUAAAGUGUCCCCUCCCAGGGACCUGCAGUUUGUGGAGGUGACAGAUGUGAAGGUCACCAUCAUGUGGACGCCUCCUGAGAGUGCGGUAACUGGCUACCGUGUGGAUGUGCUCCCUGUCAACUUGCCUGGGGAGCAUGGGCAAAGGCUGCCUGUCAGCAGGAACACGUUCGCAGAAAUCUCCGGGCUGACCCCCGGCGUCACUUACUACUUCAAAGUCUUCGCUGUGAACCAAGGGAGAGAGAGCAAGCCUCUGAUCGCACAACAGACCACCAAACUGGUUGCUCCCACGAAUCUCCAGUUUACCAAUGAAACAGAUACGACUGUGAUGGUGACCUGGACUCCACCUCGGGCCCGGAUCGCAGGCUACCGACUGACCGUGGGCCUGACCCGAGGAGGCCAGCCUAAGCAGUACAACGUGGGGCCCUCGGCUUCCAAGUACCCGCUGCGGAAUCUGCAGCCUGGCUCUGAAUACACCGUCAGCCUAGUAGCUGUGAAAAGCAACCAACAAAGCCCCAAAGCCACUGGUGUCUUUACCACUCUGCAGCCUGUGUCUUCCAUUCCGCCUUACAACACAGAGGUGACUGAGACCACCAUUGUCAUCACAUGGACGCCUGCUCCAAGAAUUGGUUUUAAGCUGGGUGUACGCCCAAGCCAAGGAGGGGAAGCACCUCGAGAGGUAACUUCAGAAACAGGAAGCGUCAUGGUAUCUGGGUUGACUCCAGGUGUGGAAUACACUUAUACCGUCCAAGUCCUGAGAGACGGGCAGGAACGGAACAUCCCGCCAAUUGUGAACACAGUAGUGACACCAUUGUCUCCUCCAACAAACUUGCACUUGGAGACACACCCGGACACUGGCGUGCUUGUAGUCUCCUGGGAGAGAAGCACUACACCAGAUAUUACUGGCUAUAGAAUCACCACAACUCCAACAGAUGGGCAGCAGGGAACUUCUUUGGAAGAAGUGGUUCAUGCCGAUCAGAGUUCCUGCACUUUUGAAAACCUGAAUCCUGGCUUGGAAUACAAUGUCAGUGUUUAUACUGUCAAAGAUGACAAGGAAAGUGUUCCUAUCUCUGAUACCAUCAUCCCAGAGGUACCCCAACUCACUGACCUAAGCUUUGUUGAUAUAACCGAUUCAAGCAUCGGCCUGAGGUGGACCCCGCUAAACUCUUCCACCAUUAUUGGGUACCGCAUCACAGUAGUUGCGGCAGGAGAAGGUAUCCCUAUUUUUGAAGAUUUUGUGGACUCCUCAGUAGGAUACUACACAGUUACAGGGCUGGAGCCGGGCAUUGACUAUGACAUCAGCGUUAUCACUCUCAUUAAUGGCGGAGAGAGUGCCCCUACUACACUGACACAGCAAACGGCGGUCCCUCCUCCCACUGACCUGAGAUUCACCAAUAUCGGCUCAGACACUAUGCGUGUCACAUGGGCUCCACCUCCAUCCAUUGAACUGACUAACCUCUUGGUACGCUACUCACCCGUGAAGAAUGAAGAAGAUGUGGCAGAGCUGUCCAUUUCUCCUUUAGACAAUGCAGUGGUCUUAACAAAUCUCCUGCCUGGAACUGAAUAUUUAGUCAGUGUCUCCAGUGUCUAUGAACAACAUGAGAGCGUCCCUCUCAGAGGAAGAGAGAAAACACGUCUUGAUUCCCCAACUGGCAUUGACUUUUCCGAGAUCACUACCAACUCUUUCACGGUGCACUGGAUUGCUCCUCGAGCUCCCAUCACUGGUUACAAGAUUCGCCACCAUCCUGAACACUUUAGUGGGAGACCUCGAGAAGAUAGAGUGCCCCCCAACCGCAAUUCCAUCACCCUCAGCAACCUCAUUCCAGGCACGGAGUAUGUGGUCAGCAUUGUUGCUCUUUAUGGCCGAGAGGAAAGCCAACCCUUAGUUGGCCAACAACCAACAGUUUCUGAUACCCCAAGGGACUUGGAAGUCAUUGCUUCAACUCCUACUAGCCUCCUGAUCAGCUGGGAGCCUCCAGCAGUCACCGUGAGGUACUACAGGAUCACCUAUGGAGAAACAGGAGGAAAUAGCCCUGUCCAGGAGUUCACUGUGCCUGGGAGCAAGUCCACAGCUACCAUCAGCAACCUGAAGCCUGGAGCAGAUUAUACCAUCACCUUAUAUGCUAUUGUUGGCCGUGGGGACAGCCCAGCCAGCAGCAAGCCAGUUUCCAUUGAUUAUCGAACAGAAAUUGGCAAACCAUCUGAGAUGCAAGUGACAGAUGUUCAAGACAACAGCAUUAGUGUCAGGUGGCUGCCUUCAAGUUCUCCUGUCACUGGCUACCGAGUGACUACCACACCUAAAAAUGGCCAGGGACCAUCCAAAUCAAAAACUGUGGGUCCAGAUGAAACAGAAAUGACCAUUGAAGGCUUACAGCCCACUGUCGAAUAUGUGGUUAGUGUCUAUGCUCAGAACCAAAAUGGAGAGAGCCAGCCCCUGGUUCAGACUGCAGUGACCAACAUUGAUCGCCCUAAAGGACUGACAUUCACUGAUGUGGAUGUUGAUUCCAUCAAAAUUGCUUGGGAAAGCCCACAGGGGCAAGUUUCCAGGUACAGGGUGACCUACUCGAGCCCUGAGGAUGGAAUCCAUGAGCUAUUCCCUGCACCUGAUGGUGAAGAAGACACUGCAGAGCUGAAAGGCCUCAGGCCGGGUUCUGAGUACACAGUCAGUGUGGUUGCCUUGCACGGUGACAUGGAGAGCCAGCCCUUGAUUGGAACCCAGUCCACAGCUAUUCCUCCUCCAACCAACCUGAAGUUCACUCAGGUCACACCCACAAGCCUGAGUGCCCAGUGGACAGCACCCAAUAUUCAGCUCACUGGAUACCGAGUGCGUGUGACCCCCAAGGACAAGACGGGCCCCAUGAAGGAGAUCCACCUUUCUCCUGAUAGCUCUUCCGUGGUUAUAUCAGGGCUCAUGGUGGCCACCAAAUAUGAAGUGAGUGUUUCUGCUCUUAAGGACUCAUUGACAAGCAAACCAGCCCAGGGAAUUGUCACCACUCUGGAAAAUGUUAGCCCUCCAAGAAGAGCCCGCGUGACGGAUGCUACAGAAACCACAAUCACCAUUAGCUGGCGAACCAAGACUGAGACCAUUACAGGCUUCCAAGUUGAUGCCAUCCCAACGACUGGCCAGACCCCAGUUCAGAGAAUCAUCAGCCCAGAUGUCAGGAGCUAUACCAUCACAGGUUUACAACCAGGCACUGACUACAAGAUCCACCUGUACACCCUGAAUGACAAUGCCCGGAGCUCCCCUGUGAUCAUUGAUGCCUCUACUGCCAUUGAUGCACCAUCCAACCUGCACUUCCUGACCACCACACCCAACUCUGUGCUGUUAUCAUGGCAGCCACCCCGUGCCAGAAUUACUGGCUACAUUAUCAAGUAUGAGAAGCCUGGGUCCCCUCCCAGAGAAGUCGUCCCUCGGCCCCGCCCAGGUGUCACAGAGGCCACCGUUACUGGCUUGGAACCAGGAACUGAGUACACGUUCUAUGUCAUUGCCCUGAAGAACAACCAGAAGAGUGAGCCUCUGAUUGGAAGGAAAAAGACAGAUGAGCUUCCCCAACUGGUAACCCUUCCACACCCCAAUCUUCACGGACCAGAAAUCUUGGAUGUUCCCUCCACAGUUCAAAAGACCCCUUUCAUCACCACCAAUCCUGGGUAUGACACCGGAAAUGGUAUUCAGCUUCCUGGCACAUCCCAUCAGCAGCCCAGUGUUGGGCAACAAAUGAUCUUUGAGGAACAUGGUUUUAGGCGGACCACACCACCUACCGCGGCCACCCCAGUAAGGCUCAGGCCACAACCAUACACACCGAACGUAGAUGAGGAGAUCCAAAUUGGUCACGUCCCCAGGGGAGACGUAGACUACCACCUCUAUCCUCACGUUCUGGGACUCAAUCCAAAUGCCUCUACAGGACAAGAAGCGCUCUCUCAGACAACCAUCUCUUGGACCCCAUUCCAGGAAAGCUCUGAGUACAUCAUUUCAUGUAAUCCUGUUGGCACCGAUGAUGAACCCUUACAGUUCCGAGUUCCUGGCACUUCUUCCGCUGCCACUCUGACAGGCCUGACCAGGGGGACCACCUACAAUAUCAUAGUGGAGGCCAUGAAAGACCAGAGGAGGCACAAAGUGCGGGAGGAGGUUGUUACAGUGGGCAACUCUGUCAAUGAAGGCCUGAACCAACCCACCGAUGACUCAUGCUUUGACCCCUACACAGUUUCCAAUUAUGCCAUUGGAGAGGAAUGGGAGCGGUUGUCUGAAUCUGGCUUUAAGCUCACGUGCCAGUGCUUAGGCUUUGGCAGUGGUCAUUUCAGAUGCGAUUCAUCUAAAUGGUGCCAUGACAAUGGUGUGAACUACAAGAUUGGAGAGAAGUGGGAUCGGCAGGGCGAAAACGGCCAGAUGAUGAGCUGCACGUGUCUUGGGAAUGGAAAAGGAGAAUUCAAGUGUGAUCCUCAUGAAGCUACAUGCUAUGACGAUGGGAAGACAUACCAUGUAGGCGAACAGUGGCAGAAGGAAUACCUGGGGGCCAUUUGCUCCUGCACAUGCUUCGGAGGCCAGCGGGGCUGGCGCUGUGACAACUGCCGCAGACCGGGGGCUGAGUCCAGUCCUGAGGGCACCACUGGCCACUCCUACAACCAGUAUUCACAGAGAUACCACCAGAGAACGAACACUAAUGUUAAUUGUCCAAUUGAGUGCUUCAUGCCGUUAGAUGUCCAGGCUGACAGAGAAGAUUCCAGAGAGUAAUAUUUGCAACCCGAAGGAGCAAGCGUGUCUCUCUCUUUCUCUGCCGAGGUCCAUCCAAACUAGAGUGAUGCAGCAGAUCUCAUGUUUGAGUGUUCGUUUCUUUCUUAUGCCUUUUGCCCUGGAGUUAAGACCUCCAGCUUCAGCGCGACUCACAGCUUGUCCGAAAGCAUCACCCUGGGAGGGUUUUGAGAUAUUUCUCGUGUAAGGGCAGCGUACUGCCUGCUCUGCUUCAGAAUAUUCAGUACCGCUCAGUAUUUUUUAAAGAAAUGAUUCUCAGUGUGAUUUGGUUUGGGAUCCAUAGAGAAGCAUAUGCAGCCAACCAAGAUGCAAAAUGUAUUGACUGAUACUAUAAAAAUUUUUCAAUAGGAAAGUUACCCAAACACUUCUGCUUUCAUUUAACUGUCCAGGCCCCUCGACUAUCGAUAUGGCAUACUGUGAUGUUUGAAUUUUUUUUUCACAGUACUUAUUUUCAAAGAUUUUAAUAAUUGCCUGGAAAUACCUUUCUCUUACCUGUUAUUUAUCAAUUUUUCCCAGUAUUUUUAUACGGAAAAAAUUGUAUUGAAGACACUUAGUAUGCAGUUGAUAAGAGGAAUUUGGUAUGAUUAUGGUUGGUGAUUAUUUUUUAUACUGUAUGUGCCAAAGCUUUACUACUGUGGAAAGAAACUGUUUUAAUAAAAGAUUUACAUUCCAC